AUGCAGGCCCGCCAGCAAGCUAAGGGAGAGGAGCGCGAUGACGAUGACGACUGCGACUGCGGCCGCAAGCGCCGUGUCUUACGGCAGGCGAUGCUGAAGAAUGGAGCCACAGUCACGCGCUCUGAACACACGAGGGAGCGUAAGGCGACGAAAACCAAGGCCUGGGACGAAGAAAAAUUAGGAAGAAUAAAACGGUUCUGCCCGCACUCGCACUUGCACGUUCCUGUCGACGUGCUGGCUGUUGCUGGCGUGUUUCUGCUGCGCCGGGAGCAGAAGAAGCCCAAACCUGAAGAUGGGUGGAAGAGGGAACUGGCAGAGCAGCAAGCCUUUUUGCUGGUGGAGAAGUGAUCCCAGAGUCACGGCACAGGGUUGGAGCGCUACUGCGGCUUUGCGAGCUUGCUUCCCGGCACCCACCUACCGGUAGGCCACCUCCCUGUCGUGGUUUAG